AAUCAAUUAUAGGGAACGCCCCCUAACAACGACAAAAGCGUGCUUGGUGAAUAUAGUGUAAAUUAGUGUGAGGAAUUACGCCUUUUGCUUAUUCUGUCGACGGUUGCAGUGGCAGAAACAGGUUGAAAGGGUGCUCGAGGGAUGUGAGCUAGCAAGAUGGCGACCGUACAAGCAGCGUCGCCAGUAGAUCUGGCGGAACUCGCCAAAGCUCGGCGGACGGAGGCAAUGCCAAAACACUCCCUGUUUGGGUCCACUCUGGAGAUACACAAUCAGAAUGAGAUGGACCAAAUACAGAAAAUCGAUAUUUCGAAGCCUGGCAAGCAACCCCGCAGGAAAGGACGUUUCCAACUUCCAGAAGAAUUCCGUUCUCAAUUGCAAGAGUAUAAAGUCGUGGAAGCAACGAAAGAAGAAAUAGAAAAACAGAAAGAAGAAAUAUCGAAGACAAAAAGGGCCAUAGAAAACAUGGAAUUUAAUGCGUUAAAUUUUGAUUCAGACAAAAUCAAUCGUGUGCCUCAGAGAGCAGAAUCCGGUCGAUCGCCAUUAUCCAUGUCAGAUAACGCUGUCAAAUUUGCCAGGGAGAUGAAUAAGAUUGGAUUAAACGACAGAAAUAGUUACAACAGGGACAAAUAUGGGCAUAAAGCCCCUGUACAUCAGUAUAGUCUGUGUGGCGACAUUUUGCGGCCCGGAAUGGAGACCGUAAGACGAGAAAAAACAGAGUAUCCGGCAUUUGUAGGCCACAGUGAACGACACAGAAAGGCUCCAACCGGAACUCCACGUCACGCCUCAGCAGGUCCUGCCGAACCUCGUAGCGUCGUACCACUGCCACCCAAUAUACGUCACCAGUUCGGUAGUCGAGUUUGUGAUUUUCUUUUAUCAGACGAGAAAAAAGUUGAAAAUACAGUUAAUGAGCAGAAGUUGAGGAGACAGCGGCUCUUGAGACCAAGCAAACAUCUGGAUAUCCCCGAUAUGGAUAAAGAGUUAAAACCAGAAUACGAAAUGCUCGGAAAUGCCAUGCGCCAAAAUAUUUUCCCCGGUUAUACGAUGAACCACAAGAAAAGCAUGACGAAGUUAGCCUACGAUGACAGCGUGCAUCUGAGGAGGUACCCUGACCCAGACCAAUGGCGUUAUCAAAGAGACGAACUCAGUACUUGGGCAGAACAUAACGUUCUUCAAACGAGGAUGAAAAAGGCUUGGGAAGCCUACUUUUUGGAGACACUCGCUAAGAAACAGCAGAAAGCAGCAUAGAUCUAUAUUUAUAUAAUUUCUAUUUUGAAGAAAUUUAUAUACAAAAUGCAUGUUUCAGUUAAGUCAUAUAAACAAUACAUAACUGAGAAUGUGUCUGUUUAUAUUAAUUUGAAAUAUUUUUGUGUUGCACCUAUCUUCCAUCAUGGCACAUUAGGGACUACUUUCGUACUACUUUUCCUACAUAUCAGGUACAUGGGCGGAGCAAAAUAUUCUGUAUGAGCGGAUGAGGAAAUCGUUUCGGGAGUUCUUAAGUUCUAUGCCAAAAGCGGAGAGAAACUGGGAAAAGGGAUCCACCUCAAAGCCAAAACCUAAAACAGCUCCAGUUCAACCUAAACCGAAGCCAAAACCGAAGAAACAGCCUACAAAGUCUAAACCGGAAGAGCCAGCGUUUGAGGAAAUAGUUUUCAAAACACCGCCAAUCACUCCGCCACCACCUCAACCGGAAAAAGUGGCAUUAGCGCCAAAAAAAGAAAGAGACCAAGAAUUUUGGGACCUAUAUGAUAAAAAGUGAGUUUUAUUCCACCAGUGGGAGACAAUUUUUUCACGAAUUAGGAUACAUGGUGCUUGUUAACUUAAAGAUAUGUAACAUCACGCCCGAACACGGAACAUUUAUAUCAAAGAAAUAUGGCUGUGUUUUUUUUUUCUUUUUCUUUACCUGAAUAUAUAUUUAUUUUAAUUAUAUGUGCAAUCAUUUUAUUCACUCUUUUAUUUUUACACAGCCAAUGUUUUGCCAAUAAAGGCAGAAUAUCCGUCUAUUCAUUUGCUACAGAAAUUGUUAAAUCGUCGAUCACAUUCAGUAUUAUUAUAUACAUGUGUUGUAGAAAAAAGUAAUACCCUGUAUUUGAUAGCCACUGUAAAAAAAACUACAUAAAUUAACACUAGGAUGUAAACACCUCGGCCCGUCAAGGAUCAGACUCAAAUAAAACCUUAACGAAACUGCAUUUUUUUCAGUAUCCGAGAUACUAUAGAGAUAUUAUACGAUUGCGUUAGUAUAUUAAUGCCCUGUGCUAUACUACGCUACAGGCGCUUGUGAACUAGAAAUUAUUUUUGUUGUAUAAUUAAGUGAAUGGUGCACCAAUCGGUUGGUCUUUGUUGUCCAUGCUUUAUCGGCGACAAAAAAUUUCAAUUGUUAAUAAUCGUACCGAAUACUUUCAGGCGGAAUCUUAUAGAAACACCACGAUUUUCUUGUUUUCGAUUGCAUGUGCAAGUAUGUAUGGUUAAAGUAAGAUAUAUUAUACAUGGGUGCCGAAUGGCUGCAUCAUAUUCUUUUCUUGUUAUGUGUUCUGUGAAGUUUGUGUGUUAUAUGUUGUGUUUUUGAAUACUAUUAUCAAGUACCAUGUAUUUGAUGUUUUGGCCAAAGUGUAUUUGUUAGGUACUGAGCAUUUUAACUCUCUGUGAUAAGCAUUGUUUGUGAUACUUUUUCAUAUUAUUGAUGACUCUAACCACACAUGGCUGAGAGUUUUGACUUUCCGUGUCAUAUGCAAUUCAAAUUAUACCUCGUGUUGUG